UGUGCUAAAGAUCACCCAGGAUUUAUCCGCGGAAUUACACUAUGGUUAAAAAAUGUGUAAUACAUUACUUUAUUGCUGUUGGACUGUUUGUUGAAGGUGUGACAGGUGUGAUCAUCACUCAGCAGACUGUGGUGGCAGCAGUGGGGGGAGAUGCUCAACUCAGCUGUCAGCUGGACAACAAAAAUGUCGUUCAAGUCACAUGGCAGAAAGUUUUACCCAAAGAAGACAAGAACAUGGCCUCGUACAGUGAAAACUGGGGUCAAAGAGUCAAUCGUGAUUUUAGAGAAAAGGUUGAGUUCAAAGAAGCUGAACUGCACAAGAGCUCCAUAGUGAUCAGGAACGUAUCAGAGCAAGAUGAAGGAUGUUAUCUCUGUCUCUUCAACACCUACCCUGAUGGUUCUGUGAGAAAUAAAACUUGUCUCCUGGUCUAUGGUGUGAUCAUCACUCAGCAGACUGUGGUGGCAGCAGUGGGGGGAGAUGCUCAACUCAGCUGUCAGCUCUUGGACAACAAAAAUGUCGUUCAAGUCACAUGGCAGAAAGUUUUACCCAAAGAAGACAAGAACAUGGCCUCGUACAGUGAAAACUGGGGUCAAAGAGUCAAUCUUGGUUUUAGAGAAAAGGUUGAGUUCAUAGAAGCUGAACUGCACAAGAGCUCCAUAGUGAUCAGGAACGUAUCAGAGCAGGAUGAAGGAUGUUAUCUCUGUCUCUUCAACACCUACCCUGAUGGUUCUGUGAGAAAUAAAACUUGUCUCCAGGUCAAUGAGCUGCAUGAACCCGUCCUUCAUGUGGAAGAAUCAAAGUCUCCUGAAGAGACACGUGUGUCCUGUUCAGCCACGGGUCGACCUGCUCCGACUGUAACGCUGACCGCUUCACAACAUCCUCUCUACUCACACAACACCGUCAGUGUCAACAACACCAACGGUACAGUCACCGUCACAACUACAGCCCUGCUGUCAGGUUUCCAUGGCAACAGCACACAGGUUGGAUGUGCAGCGGGAGCACCGUCUGGUCCUCAGAAAGAUGUGUUCAUGAUGAUUCCUGGGAAGAAACAGAGAUCUGUUGAUGGUUUGGAUAAAAAAUCUGGAUCCAAUCAGAGAUCAAGAUGGACUUUGAUCAUCAUAAUACCCCUGAUGGUCGGUUUUGUUGCUUUACUUGUCGUCAUCUUCAUCCGGGUCAGAAGCAAAACACAAAACAGGGACACUGAGGUGAUCGAGAUGUCGUCAACUCUAUCCAACGACUCUAAGAAGACUGAAGAACCUCUAAAGACAUCAGAGAGUAAAGAACUAAGACAACGGACGAGUCCAGAGAGAAAUGGACCAAGUGAGAGACGAGAAGCAUCAACAUCAACAUCAAGAAGACCUGAGUUCAACACAUCCUGACUUUUUAAUUAAAAAAAGUAAUUCACUACACUUUACUUACAAUGAAACAAAUACAAGGAACAAUUGAUAAAAAGCAUUAACCCUGGGAACUUCCGACCAGAUCAACUUAUCCCUAAACUUAUGAUAUGUGCCACAGGUUUUAAAGUUGCAGUAAUUAAACCUUUACUUAAAAAAAACCCUCUCAGACAUUUUAGCUAAUUAUAGAUCAAUUUCAAUUCUCCAUUUGAAUCUAAAAUUCUGGAAAAAGUAGUUGUUUGUAUCGCAUAUGUAGUUGUCAAGUUGGUUAUGUCACCAUUUAUAUAGAAAUGAUCUAUUUGACAUUUUCAGUCAGGGUUCAGAAUGAUCAUAGCACAGAGACAGCACUGGUUCGAGUCAUGAAUGACCUUAUGGCCUCAGAUAAGGGAUUAGUGUCCAUACUGGUUCUACUGGACCUCAGAUAAGGCUUUAGUGUCCAUACUGGUUCUACUGGACCUCAGAUAAGGGAUUAGUGUCCAUACUGGUUCUACUGGACCUCAGUGCUGCUUUACUGCAGAUCAGCAUCUUACUGCACAGGUUAGAGCAUGUUGUCGUCAUAAGGUAAUGUAGUAAUAUAUAUAUAAAAAAUCCAAGGAAACUAGAUUUAAAAAAUGAGAGUGACUUGGACCCAAAGCUGCUGCUGGGCUUCAACCCUCCUCAUGAUAGGUGCCUUAUAAUAUUGUAUAAAUUAUAUAUUUAGCAACCGCUGUGCAAUGAUAAGUUAUCUUAUUGUAUGUUAUCCUGUUAUGAAAAGCUAUGCAAUUUCUGUUGAAAAUCAGUCAUGCAUACUUUAUGAUGUAAGUCGCUUUGGAUAAAAUCGUCUGCUGAAUGACACUAGCAGUAGUAGGAUACUUGUAUGAUUUUACAUUUUCUAUUUUUUAAUAUAAUUGCUGUGCGUCACUCACAACUGUGAAUGAAUGUAUUACUUCUUACAACAUGAAGUACAGUAUUAAUCAA